AUGCGAGAGUUUCCUCGAGUGAUAGUCGGGAACGGUCAGCUCUCAGCCCGCUGCCUGCUCCAGCCAUCUGCACGCCCUCAGUCCUCGCUCACUGCUGACGACUUUGCAACCUUCUUUGACGAGAAGAUUGCAGUCAUCCGCAACUCCUUCUGCACUCCACCUCACCCUAUGCUCCCCUCCCCCUGUCUCUCCACUCCUCUGCUUACGGUCACUGGCUCCCAACUCCCCACCCCUCAACCUGUACUCUCCCCCUCCCUCACCAUUUCCCCUUGUUUCUCCGACUUCUCUCCCCUCACCGAUUCUGAGACUACACUAGACCCCUCCAUCAUUGGAAACUACAGACCGGUAUCUCUCCUUCCAUUUCUGUCAAAAACCAUUGAACGUGCUGCAUCAAAUCAACUCUCUGUGUUUCUUUCACAGAAUGAGCUCCUCGAUCCCCAUCAGUCUGGAUUCAGACCAGGCCACUCGACAGAGACCGCACUCCUCUCUGUCAACGAAGCUCUCCACGCAGCCCGAGCAGCCUCCCUCUCCUCCGUCUUAUUACUUCUGGACCUAUCGGCAGCCUUCGACACAGUCGACCACCCCACCCUCCUGUCCUCCCUAUCUGCAAUGGGGAUCUGUGGCACAGUCCUCAAUUGGAUUGAGUCUUACCUCUCAGAUCGCUCCUUCCAGGUCUCAGCCCGCAUCACUGCCUGCCUGAGUGAUAUUCAGAGCUGGAUGGUCCGCCACCAUCUCAAGCUCAAUCCAGGUAAGACAGAGCUCAUUUAUAUUCCGGCUCUUAACUCCCCUCUCUCUGAUCUCUCUAUCUCCCUAGGUAAUACCAUCCUCACACCAUCACCCUCAACUAGAAACCUUGGCGUGGUGAUGUCCCUCACCGAGCACAUUUCAGCAGUGACACGUUCAUGCAGGUUCUUCCUGUAUAACAUCCGGAGGAUCCACCCCUUCCUCACAACUUACUCGACCCAACUCCUCGUCCAGGCAGUGGUCCUGUCCCGCCUGGACUACUGUAACUCCCUGCUUGCUGGCCUCCCAGCAUCAUCUAUCAGACCCCUGCAACUCAUCCAGAACGCAGCAGCGCGUCUGGUCUUCAACCUCCCCAGACAUUCCCACGUUACCCCCCUGCUCACCACCCUCCACUGGCUCCCCGUGAUGGCUCGCAUCAAAUUUAAAACAUUAGUGCUUGCCUUCAAAGCAGCCAGGGGGUCAGCCCCUCCCUAUCUACGUCAACUCAUCAGACCCUACACCCCAGCUAGACCUCUCCGUUCUGCUGCCACAUGUCGCCUGGUCCCUGCCCCGGCUCGCACCAGCACCCGGUCACGCCUCCUGUCUGUUCUAGCCCCACGGUGGUGGAAUGACCUUCCUGUGCAAGUCAGAACAGCAGAGACCCUGGCCGUCUUCAAACGUAGACUGAAGACUCACCUCUUCAAGCUACAUCUCACCUCAUCACCCCCCACUACCCUCUAACAUCCAUUAAACCUCAACUGAGUAA